AUGAAGGAAGAAUUGGCCAAAUAUGCGAUAAUGAUGGAGCAUUUUAACGAGAGGGAUGUGAGGUGUAUUCUCACCAUUCCCUUUAGUGAACGGCCGACGAGGGAUGUAAUCACAUGGGCCUAUUCCAACGACGGUCUAUACUCGGUGAAAACAGCGUAUAUGAUUCGUAAGUCAUGCAAUUUAGAUGAUUUUCAUCAAGCUUGGGUGGAGGUGUGGAAGCAAGAAGUUACACCAAAAGCACGCCACUUUCUGUGGCGGGUCUGCACAGGCACUCUGCCGGUAAGAUCACUCCUGGUUCAGCGGCAUAUGCAUAAUUCCUCGAGCUGUCCCUGGUGUGAGGGAGUGGAGGAGACUGUGGAACAUGCCCUCUUCGAUUGUAGAACAGUGCAGCAGCUUUGGCUUGAUUGUGGCUUGUCAUUAGUUGAUACACGGGCGGAGUUCAAGCUCCUUUGUAGAACUGAUGGUGGCCUGGAAGAGUGCGAAUGCCAAGGUAAAGAAGAAAGACUUUCAGAGGAUUUUAAUAGCUACAAUGCCCGCAUCUAUGGUGCAAAGCGACCAGCUGUUACUGCUCGUGUACCAAAGAAAUGGCUCCCUCCCCCAACCAGUGUGAUCAAGAUAAAUUGUGACGCGGCUUUGGCAGGCGAUGGUUGGGUGGGGUUAGGUGCGGUGGCGAGAAAUGAGAAGGGGGAGGUGCUCUUUGCAGCAGUUCGUCGAGCUAGAGGCUACUGGGAUGUAAGCGUCGCAGAAUGCAAGGUUGUUGCCAUGGGGGUGAGACUUGCGAGGAAGCACAAGCUAGCCAACGUGAUUGUGUAA